UCAAGAUCCCAUGGCCCCAUCACUGACCCCAUAGCUGCUGCUUGCAUGGUACAUUAACCCUUUGUUAACAUUACAGAUGUGCAAUGUACAGCUGUUGUGGAGCUACAAGUCCCAGGAUAGGCUGACAGUCUGCAUUUUCCAUGGCAUGCUGGGAGUUGUAGUUACACAUCAGCUGGAGAACAGCAGGUUACACAUCACUGGUUCAGGUGUCAGUGACACAAAAUAACGAAUCAGGAGAAAAUUGUAUCAAUGUCGAGAGCAAUAGAUACAAUGAUAAUAUAUGGAGCGGGGAUGGCGCCGGCUCAGGGGCGGAGGGCUAUACCACUAAUAUCCCGCUGCUGGGGAAUAACUCCCAUCAUGCAUGGGAAAGACCCACUUAUGGGACGCUAUGGUUAUGUGCCUAUAGGCCCCAGUGUAUUGUAUCUGUGGAGAAAUGAAUAAAGUUUAUUGGGAAAAAAACAACAAAGACAAAAAAGUUUUAGGAGAAAUAGCAGCAGGUCCUGAAACAAGCGUCUAUUAUACAGUAGAAUUGUCUAUAAUGUCCUGUCUAUAUACCACCUAGAUAUACAAUAUAUAUAUACUGUCAUCCAUUGUACAGGGCUAAGGUGGGAAAUUUACAUACAUUCAAUAUAGAAUGCACCUGAUUGGCUGCCUCCUCCGGCCACUUUAUGAUGUCACGGAAUACUGUGCUGUUGGCUCCUCCCCACACAUUCUGAUUGGAUGCAUCCUCCGGCCUCUUUAUGAUGUCACAGAAUACUGUGCUUUUGGCUCCUCCCCGCACAUUCUGAUUGGCUACCUCCUCCGGCCUCUUUAUGAUGUUAUGGAAUGUUGUGCUGUUGGCUCCUCCCCUGCACAUUAUGACAUCACACACAUUAUAUAAGGGGCUGCAGAGCGGACACUCCCCUGAGGGUUGUAGUUGGUGCUGGAGGUAAGUCUGCUGUGUCCUCAGCUCCUGUUGUGUCUGUCAUCUUUUUCUAUUAUGUCUCCUCCUCUUCAGUAAUGGCCGCCUCUUUCCUUUUUCUCUUCUGCAGCUUUGGUUGGUGAAUUGCGUAGAGUCAGGUUGGAGGAAGUCAAAGAGGAGAGAAAAAGGAGGAGGUUAAAAUUGAGGAGAAGGAGAUGGAGGAGAUUAAGAUUGAGGAGAAGGAGAUGGAGAAGAUUAAGAUCGAUGAGGAGGUGGAGUAUGGUAACAUCAAGAAGGAAAAUGAGAAGAUUAACAUUUUGGAGGAUAUAACCAGGGAGGAUGAGAUAGAGGAGAUUAACAUCGAGGAGUUGAAGGAGAUUAACACUGAGGAGGAGUUGGAGCAGAUAAACAUCAGGGAGGUCGUGGAGGAGAUUAAGAUUGAGGAGGCGGAGGAGAUUAAGAUCAUAGAGGCAGAGGAAGUUAAGAUCGAGGAGGUGGAGGUGAUUAAGAUCAAGGAAGUGGAGAUUAAGAUUGUGGAGGUGGAGGAGAUUAAGAUCAAGGAGGUGGAGGAGAUCGAAAAUAUGGAGAAUAAGAUCGAGGAGGUAGAGAAGGUUAUGAUCAGGGAGGAGGAAGAGAUUAAGAUUGAGGAGGAGAUAAACAUCGAAAAGCAGGGCAAAGUCGAGGACAAUAUAAUCAAUGAGGUAGAGGAGAAGAACAUCAUGGAAGAAGAAGUACUGGAAGUGAUGGUGGAAGUCAACAAUACUGAGGAGGAGAAUGAAGGUGCGGUGGUGGAAGAGGAAGAGUCAGAAGAAGAAAGUGAGGAGGAAAAAUAUCAGGCUAUCAUGUGGUGGUGGACGGUGGAGGGCUCCGAGCUGCCAGUAAGGAUACGAACAGUGAAGAAACUAGAGCCACCCUUUAAGAUGGACACUAUCAAGGAGGAAAUAGAACUGGAGGAAGAAGAGGAGGAGAAGAAGGUGGCGGAGGAGGAAAAGGCGGGAGAGGAGGAAGUAAAAGAGGAAAAGGCUAGAGAGGAAAUGGAAAAGGAAAAGGUGCGAGUGGAGGAAGUAGAGGAGAAAGAGACUGUAGAGGAGGAACAAGCUGAGAACACAGCAAGACCAUUGGAGGUGAUGCCGGCCCGACCAACUGAGGAGACCACCCAGAUAAGACGCGGUUGGUGGACACCAAAUUCUCUGAGAAGACAAAACAGGAGCAGCAGCAGCAUCAGAAAGAGCAGCAGGAACAGACUAACAAGAUGCCUCAGGUUCUUCUGCUGCUGCAGUUAUGAUGACACCGGCGAAUAAGCGGAAUAUGAGAUGUCUGGUCCUCAUGGCGUCCUCAGCAACACCAUGAACUUCACCUGAAGAUCUAAGCAAAGAGGAGAAGAAUAUGAAGAUGGUGCUGGGUCCUGCACUGGAGGAAACUGCUGACAUCAAAGAAAAUCCUUUCAAUAGAGGCGGCUGGAGGGCAGGCAGAGGACACACCAACCAUGUCUUCCCUGCAUCUCUGUGCACAGACAUUAUCUGAUGGCUGCCCUGAGUCCCCUUUAUAUGUGGACAUACAACCUGCUGCCCGGACAUAGAUAUAAGAAGAAAUACAUGUAAUAAAAGAUAGAAUAUA